CUGGCGUUAUUAUGAACCUUAUUGCUUCGGUUGCCUAGUUGCCUUGUUCGUCCAAGUGUAUACACACUUUGUAUUUUGAUCAGUUUACUGUUUAACUCCUACGCGUAAUCGGAAAUACUGUUGUUAUUUGGUCCCUCUGUCUUCUCAACAUUCCACUUACCAAUUCGCUUGUUGGACGCAUCUUUUUGUGUUCAUAUGGAGAAGGAACAUCGUGACGUCAUUAGGAAGCUGCGUGUUUUUCUUGUAAAAAAUAUUUCUAACCUUGAAGAAAUCCUCGAUAUACUGGAGUCCGCACUAAUCAUUACUGAGAAUCAACGCCAUUCAAUACUCUCUGGAACGACAUUAGCUGAAAAGAUACGUAGAUUCCUAGAUAUUAUAGUCAGAUGUGGCCCAUCAGCAUAUGAAAAGUUUAAGCAAGCUCUCCUAGAAACCAACCAAAAGAGUAUAUAUGAUCGUUUGAACGAAACAGAGGAACUGAAAGUCCUAGCUGGUCAUGAUAUAUCGUCAGAACGCUUAUCUGAUACAAGAGAUGAAUCGAUUAUGAUCCCAGAUAGAGUUAGCUCACAUCCGUUAACACCCUACACUGUGACUUCGUUUCCGCGUGGUUACGUCCUCAUAAUAAAUAUAGAAGAUUACAGUUGUGAAUCCGGAGUACCUAGUCGUCAUGGUUCAUCACACGAUGCAUCUAAACUCCAAAUUCUUUUUGAAGACUUUAUGUAUAGUGUUGCUGUCAUUAAAAAUCUAGAGGGUGAAAAACUCAAAAAAGUAGUGCGAGAAUUCGCCUGCAAACCAGAGCAUAGUAACGUACAUGCGGCUGUCCUUAUUAUUCUAGCACAUGGGUUAGAACAUCAUAUUAUAGCAAGUGACGGUACCCAUGUUAGCAUUGACGAACUUGUUAGUUGUUUUACUAACAAAAGAUGUCCUCUUCUAGCUGGAAAACCUAAACUCAUACUUAUACAAGCCUGUAGAGGUGAAGAACGUAAUCAUAAUGGUCUUGUAAAGCGUGAUUUUCUAGACUCUUUACCAUCAAACUUUUGUGAAGUCUCAUUAGAUCCCAGCUCUUGGUUGUCGCUGCCACAUAUGAGUGACUGUGUAAUUGUGUAUUCUACCUUACCUGGAUUUGUGUCUUGGCGGUCUGAAAUAGAGGGGAGUUGGUAUGUAAAAGUGUUUGUUGAGGUAACAAGGCUGCAUGGGCACAGGCUUCACAUUCUUGAACUGUUAACAGAAGUCAACAAUAGGCUUGUGUCAGAGGCGUCAAACUACGGCAUCAAACAAAUAUCACAACCAGUAACAACACUCACUAAGCCUUACUAUUUGUCCACUCUGAAAACUUGAAAAAUUUAUUGUAUCCAGAAAUAUAGUAAUCUACUUCUACCCCAUUGCUAAUAGCUUCAUUAUCUACGGAACUUGUGGUAUAAGAUCUUACUUUGAUUGUAAUUAGGCGUAUAGAUUAUUUUUGCUAUUACCAAUGCAUGGGCAUUCGAAGUAUUUCCUAAUAAAUAAAGCUUUCCUCCUAGCA